AUGGGGCCCAAAUCAGUUGACAAGAAGCGGAAAACGCAGGUUCCCGAGUCGGAAUCCGACGACGAGCUUGCUGGCCGCCUUUUUGACAGUGUCUUGUCCCAAAGCGAGGAUGAUUCCGACUUUGUCGCCUCGGACGACGACGAAGACGACGACCAAGACGAUAGUGCGAGCAAGGGGAGCCAAGAUGACGAGGACGAUGAAGAAGACGACGACGAUGCGCUUCUUAGCGACGAUAUCCCAUCAGACCUUGACGGCGAGGAGGCGCUCGGCAAGCUUCUCAUAACCGAUGACGAGCCCGAGAUCGAAGUGCCCGGAGUCGACCCCAAGAGGAAGGACGUUGGCGACGAGGAAAAGAACUACAGGAUCGAGAAGGACGCCAAUGGUGGCGAGCGCUACGUUUAUGAUGAAAUUGAGCCUGGCUACGACACCGACGACACGGAUGCGCAAGGCCCCGCCAACACAAUAGGUGAUAUCUCGUUAGAUUUCUACGACAGCUAUCCCCAUAUUGGCUACGAUAUUAAUGGCAAGAGGAUCAUGCGCCCUGCCUCUGGCGAUGCGCUCCAGAAUCUUCUUGACAGCAUCGAGGUGCCAAAGGGCUGGACUGGCCUCACCGACAUCAAUACCGGAAACCCGCUCAACCUCACCGACGAGGAGUUGGAGCUCGUACGUCGGGUCCAGAUGGGUCUCAUCCCUAACGAGCUGCACGACCCGUACCCCAAUACCGUCGAGUAUUUCACCUCAAUCGAGGAGAAAAUGCGUAAGACUCCUCUCCAAGCACUUAGCAGUGCCCCUGAGCCCAAGAGGCGCUUCCUGCCCUCCAAGAACGAAGCCACGCAAGUCAUGAAGCUGGUUCGCGCGAUUAGGGAAGGCAGGAUUCUGCCCUACAAGCCGCCUGAGGAAGGCGAGAGGGAGGCGGAAGAAGAGGAUGAAGUCCAUUUUGAUUUGUGGCAAAACGAAGAGCCCCAAGAUGCUAAUCCCAUGCAAAUCCCGGCGCCGAAGCUCCCGCCCCCAGGCUACGAUAUGAGCUAUAACCCGCCUGAGGAAUACUUGCCUACCAAAGAGGAGAGAGAAGAAUGGGAGAAGCUCGAUCCAGAGGAACGGGAGAAGGAUUAUCUGCCACAGAAGUACGGUGCCUUGAGGAAGGUGCCUGCUUGGAGCGAGAUGGUCAAGGAAAGAUUUGAGAGAUGCAUGGAUCUGUACCUAGCCCCUCGGAUAAGGAAAAACCGGCUCAACAUCGACCCAAAUUCGCUCCUUCCCAAACUUCCAUCACCCUCUGAGCUGAAGCCUUUCCCGACUGUCUGUCAGACAAUUUUCCGAGGACACGAGGGCCGAGUGCGAAGUGUUUCGGUCGAUCCUAGCGGUACGGCGUUGGCAACAGGAGGAGACGACGGGGCUGUCCGGGUCUGGGAGUUGCUUACUGGCCGGCAAGUCUGGUCGGUCAAGCUCAGCAGCGACGAGGCUGUCAACACAGUUCGUUGGAGACCCAGCAAGGACUCGUUCAUUCUUGCUGCUGCUGCCGGUGAGGACAUAUUCCUAAUGGUCCCAAGCCACGCCACUGUCACGCCAAGCCUCGACCAGGCAAGCCGGGAUAUUCUUGCCGCAGGCUUUGGAUAUGCCACCCACGGACAACAGCAGCCUGUUGCUGUGGGCAAGGAGCCUGCCGCCAAGUGGGCUAGACCCGGGACUAAGCUGGAGGACGAGGGUGUCUUGAUACGGGUAACUGUGCGGUCAACCGUAAAGGUUAUCCACUGGCACAAACGUGGAGACCACUUCGCGACAGUGUCGCCGUCUGGGCAGCGGAGCUCCGUGGCCAUUCACACCCUGUCAAAACACAUGACGCAAAUACCUUUCCGCAAACUUUCGGGGCUUGCACAGACCGCCGCCUUCCAUCCUCUACGGCCCCUCUUCUUCGUGGCCACUCAGCGCACGAUCCGAUGCUACGACCUGCAGAAGCUAGAGCUGGUCAAGGCUGUCCAGCCUGGCGCAAAAUGGAUUUCGUCCUUUGACAUCCAUCCUAGCGGUGACAAUUUGAUCGUGGGCAGUUAUGACAAGCGUCUCUUGUGGCACGACCUUGACUUGUCGAAUAGGCCUUACAAGACUAUGAGAUUCCACAGCGAGGCGAUCCGCAUGGUACGGUUCCACAGGGGCGGGCUCCCGCUCUUCGCCGACGCCAGCGACGACGGCACGCUGCAAAUAUUCCACGGCAAGGUCCCGAACGACCAACUUGAGAACCCAACCAUUGUUCCUGUUAAAAUGCUUAAGGGACACAAGGUUGUCAACAAGCUCGGUGUGCUGGACAUCGACUGGCAUCCGCGUGAGCCGUGGUGCGUCAGCGCGGGUGCUGACGGGACAGCCCGGUUGUGGAUGUAG